GGUAUCUUGGGCUAUCUGAAGGUGGAAUAGUCAGAGAUUGUCUGCCGAUUCCUGACUUGUGGUCAAUCUCCUUUGUUGUCAAACUUCAGAACCAAAUCCUGGUCUGAUCAAACUCGGUGAUCUUUGAAAGCGCUCGCAAGGAAUGUCAUGCCAUUUGCGUUGGGUGUUACCAUCCACAGUUUGUCCUCCUCUUCUGCUGUCAAGAAGAUCGAACCUCACCCAACCAUUGCAUGAGAGGAGCUCGUUGAGACACUCCGACAGACACAGCACCUUGAUAACUCGUGCCAGCAUCCCAUCAGUUCCUUCCAUGUUGGGAAGCCUGCAGAGUCUUCUAAACCAGCCUGGCGCAAAGGCUGGCAAGCAGACAACCACGUUCUCAGAUAACGCUCCAUCCUGGGAGGCCUUGCAGCAGCUGGUGGAGGAGAAGGGCAGGCAGCUCAACUGGCAACAGCCUGACUUGGAGAAUGGACCCACAAACCCACUGGCACUGAAGAGGACAUUUGGGCAGCCUGGUACCCCUCGAGUGAAGCUGUACAGGGACCAUGCCGCUUGGUGCCCCUACUGCCAGAAGGUGUGGCUGCAGCUGGAAGAGAAGCAGAUCCCUUACACCCUGGAGAAGAUCAACAUGCGCUGCUACGGAGACAAACCGCCAGAGUACACAGCCAAGGUGCCUUCAGGGCUGCUGCCGGCGAUGGAGCUGGAUGGGCAGCUGAUCGUGGAGAGCGCUGAGAUCAUGCGCAUCCUGGAGGAGGCUUUCCCUGACAACAAGCCCCUGCUGCCGCCCAAGGGCAGCAAGGAGCGCCAGCGUGCCGACUCUCUCAUGCGCCUGGAGCGCCGCCUCUUCUCAGACUGGCUCUCCUGGCUCACCACCUCCUGGCAAGCUCCUUCCUCCCACACCAUCCCUCUGCCCCACUGCAUGCUUGCUCUGCGCACUACACGCGAGUUCAUAGCCACGAUGGAUGCAGUGGACAGGGAACUUGGGGCUGCGGGGGGGCCCUUCUUCCUCGGGGCGGAUCUGUCAAUGGUGGACGUUGUGUUUUCGCCCUUCCUGGAGCGCAUUGCUGCCUCCAUCCUGUACUACAAGGGGCUCACUGUGCGCGGGGACGGGCGGUGGAAGAAUUUGGAGAGGUGGUUUGAGUCGAUGGAGGCUCGACCUGCAUACAUUGGCACCAGGAGUGACUUCUACACGCAUGUGCAUGACCUGCCACCUCAGCUUGGAGGGUGCGCAUCGGUGCCUGACGCGGAUGAGGCGGCGGCUGCCAUCGACGGAGUGGAUGGCAAGAGCUGGCAGCUUCCCCUGCCUCCCCUCAACGCCACCUCGUUCCCAGAACCUUACUCCCCAGGUGAGGAUCCGCCACUGGACCGGCUCAGGGCAGCGGCGCGGCUGGUGGGCAACCACGGCGCCAUUGCGAAGUUCGCUGCGCGCGGCUGCGGCAAGCCAGGACGGCGGCCUGUGAGCGCCCCGCUGUCCGAUCCCACUGCCACUGCUGGGGAAAACUUCCUUGAGGCCGUGGAUGCAGGCCUGCGGCAUGUGGCGCAUGCUCUGCUGGAGGGAGCACAUGCGAGCAGCCUGCGAGUGGGUGAUGGGGAGAAUCUACCGGGGGAUGCAGUGGUGGCAUCAGCAGAGUAUAUUAGAGACAGAGUGGGUGUACCCCGCGACCUGCCCUAUCCAGCUGCCAGGCAGCUGCGCGCGCACCUGAACUGGCUCAUCGGCUCCCUCACGGCCUGAUGACAGUAAAAGUGACAUCCAUUUUGGUACUACGAUUUUUAUCCUUGCCAUGCACAUGUCUGAUGCCUGGCGUACCGUGCAUUUGGAGAUGGCUCGAGUUGAAUUUUGUCAUAUUUGCAUUUGCGCAUUUUUAUAAGAGAAUCUGAGUCACUCAAUACGGUGUUCAUGAGGAGCGUCCAUUACAAUGGCCGAUUUAUACUGUACUGCGUGCAAGAAAUUCAAGAUCGCCGUUUGCAGCAUGCACUCAUGACGGCAUCGACUGCAUGGCACUUGUCCCGCAAAGAGAUUACUAGCUAGUAACCUACACAGAAAUCGUUUGUCAUCAAAUAAACAGCAGUCCUUCUUCCAAUCGGCCUUCUUCCACUAAUAUGGCAGUACCCUGGCAAUCCAUGUCGGUACAGAUCAUCCUAGUCAGUCUGAUGAGCAGCCAAUGCAUGCAGGCCAUCUGGGGUCUGGGGCAUGGCACUAUUGAUGAUUAUGUCCUGGAAUCCUUCUUUCUGAUGUACAUGCAAUACAAACCAUCCAUGCCCUUUGACCUGGCAUGGCUUAUGUGCGCUUGAAGAGUGAAUUUAAAGAACUGGCACACCAUCGGCUCUUUCGACAGAUAUGCCAAUCCCCACUGCAGGCUGCUACACAUUGUGCAUCCUGCCUGUCCAACCAUGGACUUUUAUGUUUUACCUGGCGCCUUAGGGUCCAGUGGACUACCAAUGUGCCAGUCCAGGGGUCUACUCCCUCAAGUGGGUCAGGCGGGGGGUCUCAGAGAUGUAGAUUUCUCUGCGGCCCAGCGGCGGCGGCGCCUCGGUGUUGAGCACGCUGCGGUUGGGCUUGGCCAUCUGCAGCCGCCGCGUGCUGCCAGGUGUCACCG